CCGAUAAUAAGGGCGGGGGUUAGAACAACCCAAUCGGAUUCCACAAAACACUUGACUGGCGUGUGUGUUGGCAAAUGUCCGCGCUCGCUCGAGGGUUACAUCCGGAGUGGGCGGGGCUUCCUCUGCAACGGGUCUGAACAACAUGGAGUAGAGAAAUAACCCGGUGAGCCGUUCCACUGACCACAGCCCUGAUCUGCUGAUCCCGGGAGCUCAGGUCCAGAAACACCAAGCCUCGCCUGUAAAUAUCCGCACACAGAAGCUAAUACGAUGUGGAUUACUCGCCUUUGAGCCAUAGUUUUUAACGCGCUUGUUGGUUUAACCGUUAAAUGAGUGGAACUUUUCAGAAGGAAAAUAACUAGUUAUACUUUCACCCAAUUACAUGUGCGAAAUAUUCUGAGAGGGCUGGUGAAUACUCGAAAGCUACCGCGACAAAACAAACUCCGUCCGAAGAGGGUGUUACCAGGUGAAAGGUAAAGUCGCUCCAGGCUAAGUCGUAGAAUGCACAAUGCGGCAAGUGUGUCAGCCUCUCUGGGAUCCGUGGGACUGCUGCGUCUCUGUGGAGUGUCCUGGUCCUGGACCAUAGCGGCGGGACUGGGUGUGUAUCUGGGCACCAGAAGCUGGAAGUAUUUCUACAUCGCAGCCCGCACUGCCAAGAGAGACCUCAAUGGUCUGUACGUGCUGCUGAGGGUGAAGGUGGCCAUGUGGCGCUACAUCCGCAACGGAAGCAACAUCACCUCCAUUUUUGCCCAGACAGUCAAACGACACCCCGACAAACCCGCUCUGAUCUACGAAGCCACGGGCGAAACGUGGACCUUCACCCAGGUGGACGAGCUUUCCAACGCCGUGGGCCACUGGGCCAGGAGUCAGGGAUGGGCGUCCGGCGACGUGGUGGCCAUCUUCAUGGAGAGCAGGCCGCUACAGGUGGUGCUGUGGCUGGGCUUGGCCAAGGUCGGGGUUGAGGCUGCGCUCAUCAACUUCAACCUGCGGCACGAUUCCCUCUUGCAUUGCGUCGGGGUGUCCGGCUCGCGAGCCAUCGUGUUUGGAGCCGAGCUGGCUGAUGCCAUGAUGGAAGUCAGCGCCUCCAUCAACCAGUCCAUGGUACGGUUUUGUACAGGAGAGCUGAGUGCAGAGCAUCAGGCCUCUCUAGGGGCUCAACUUCUGGACCCCAUUUUAGCCCUCACAUCCAGGCACCCCCCUUCUCCAUGCUCUCCCCCGAAAGGCAUGAAUGAUCGAUUGUUUUACAUUUACACCUCUGGAACCACUGGACUACCCAAAGCCGCCAUUGUAGUUCACAGUCGUUACUACAGAAUUGCUGCUUUUGGCUACUACGCUUUUGGGAUGCGAAAGGAUGACAUCAUCUAUGACUGUCUGCCCCUGUAUCACUCUGCAGGGAACAUUAUGGGCGUCGGUCAGUGUCUGAUUCACGGGCUCACAGUGGUGGUGAAGAGGAAGUUCUCUGCCAGUCGCUUCUGGGAAGACUGCAUUAAGUACAACUGCACGGUGGUGCAGUACAUUGGGGAAAUCUGCCGCUACCUUCUCUCUCAGCCUGAGCGGGCGUCGGAAAAGGGUCACAAAGUCCGGCUCGCCAUCGGAAACGGCCUGCGACCCAGCGUGUGGGAGGCUUUCACCGGACGUUUCAAGGUGGCACAGAUUGGCGAGUUCUACGGCGCCACCGAGUGCAACUGCAGCAUCGCCAACAUGGACGGCAAGGUGGGAGCCUGUGGAUUUAACAGCCGCAUUCUUCCGAACGUGUACCCCAUCCGUUUGGUGAAAGUAGACGAGGACCGAAUGGAGCUGGUCCGGGACAGUCGGGGCCUCUGCAUCCCGUGUCAACCUGGUGAGCCGGGGCUGCUGGUCGGGCGCAUAAACCAGCAGGACCCAUUGCGUCGCUUUGACGGCUAUGCAAACCAAGAUGCUACGAAAAAGAAGAUCGCUCAUAACGUCUUCAAGAAAAAUGACUCCGCCUACUUGUCGGGUGACGUGCUGGUGAUGGAUGAGCUUGGCUACAUGUACUUCCGAGACAGAGGCGGAGACACUUUCCGCUGGCGAGGAGAGAACGUCUCCACCACUGAGGUGGAGGGAACUCUCAGCAGCCUCCUGGGGCAAACGGAUGUGGCUGUGUACGGGGUCGCCGUUCCAGGUGUGGAGGGAAAGGCAGGGAUGGCGGCCAUUGCAGACGACGCCGGGAGUUUUGACUUUAAUGCUUUUUUGAAGAAGGUCCAGGCAGCUCUUCCGCCGUACGCUCGCCCAGUCUUCCUGCGCAUCUCUCCGCAGGUCGACACCACAGGCACCUUCAAGAUCCAGAAAACCAGGCUGCAGCGAGAAGGGUACGACCCGCGCCUCACCGCCGACCAGAUCUACGUGCUGAACAGCAGAGCGGGACGUUACGAGGCAGUGGACGAGGAGCGCUUCAACGCGAUCGCCGAGGGAAGAAUGGCGUUAUGAGGCGGGUGGAAGGGUCCGGACGACGCCGUAGAGUUUACAAAUGAUCGCUCUAAUGGAUUUUAACCAUCAGGGAAGACAAUUGACUAACCCAUGGAGUAUUGUUACAAGUUUUAUCACUGUUUGACUGAAGUAAUGAAUGAGACGUUUCGAAAAUGUACACGCCAUCAACAGCCUCCACUUCUGCUGAGUUCGACUGCGGGCAGGCUACACUUGUUCCAGGGUUUCUGGUGAAAGCUGCAGACUGGUGUAGGCAUAAACAGCUGUGGUGAGGUUUGCACGUCACUCGAGAUUACUCCUUAUUUUUAAUCAGAGUAGAACUUCAAAGCUCAGAACAAAACUAUGUCAGAAAUGAUGCGACUGAAUGUGCCUUACUGGUCCUGUGGAUGUUUUCUUUAUUGACUGUUAACAAACUUUCUUUGUAUUGACCUCACGGUGAAAGAUCAGAGUUGUU